CGGGCUCCAGCCUCCACCCACUCCACACUAAUUCUGAUUUCUGCUUUCUGGUUUCAGUCAACUCACCUUCUCUCUCUUCCUCUUUUUCAUACCUUGCGGGGGAGAAAAACGAGAAACAGAGAAAAAGCUUUCGAACUCUGUUCCUUCUGCUUCAGCAGCAGCAGGCUCAAUUUAAGGUUGGGAACCCUGUCACCAUGUUUCGGAGAAAGAACUUGCAUCAUCAGGAGAAUGAUUCUUCACACAAAGACGCUAUGGUUAAAGAGGUCAGAAUUGCCAUUGGUCCACUAUCAGACCGUAGUCUACAAUACUGUACUGAUGCAUGCCUGAAAAGAUAUUUAGAAGCUCGGAACUGGAACCUGGAAAAGUCUAAGAAAAUGCUGGAAGAAACACUGAACUGGAGGUCAACUUAUAAGCCUGAGGAGAUCCGUUGGCAUGAAGUGGAAAAAGAAGGUGAGACAGGGAAAGUGUCCAGAGCAAACUUUCAUGAUCGACAUGGGAGGACUGUUCUUAUAAUGAGACCAGGAAUGCAGAAUACAUCAUCAUCAGAUGGCCACAUCCGACAUCUAGUGUAUCUGCUAGAGAAUGCUAUCCUUAACCUUCCUGAGGAUCAAGAACAGAUGUCAUGGUUGAUAGAUUUCACCGGAUGGUCAUUGAGCGCCAGUGUUCCCAUCAAAACAGCCAGGGAUUCUGCACACAUUUUACAAAACCAUUAUCCUGAGAGGCUUGCUGUAGCAUUUCUCUACAAUCCCCCAAGGAUUUUUGAAGCUUUUUGGAAGGUUAUCAAAUACUUCCUGGAUCAGAAAACAUUCCAGAAGGUGAAAUUCGUCUACCCAAAUAACAAAGACAGCGUGGAGCUCAUGCGGUCGUAUUUUGAUGUUGAGAACCUUCCAGUGGAGUUCGGGGGAAAAGCUAAGCUGCAGUAUGACCAUGAAGAAUUCUCAAGAUUAAUGAUGCAGGACGAUGUUAAAGCUGCCAGAGUGUGGGGGUUUGAAAACAAGCUUUGCCAUAUCAAUAAUGUUUAUUCAGGAGCAGAGGUGGCUCCCGAGCAGGUGCCUCUUGCACCACCAGCAAGCUGAAUUAGCCCAACCCAACAACCAGACAGUACCAUUUGGUAGUCAUAAUUGAUGCCUUGUAUGGUUUCCACGGCCCUUGAGUUAAUUGUGGCCGACCAUUAUCUCAUUUGAAAAAGAAGAAUAAAAGUCAGAGCUGAUUCAAGCUCAA